CCUUGUCCAGGUCCUUGUGAUUUUACGUACAGCUGUCUCCAGACUCCAGCCACCGCUUCAGCUCACCAUGGAUCCCAACUGCUCCUGCGCCACCGGUGGCUCCUGCACCUGAGCCGGCUCCUGCAAAUGCAAAGACUGCAAAUGCAUGUCCUGCAAGAAGAGCUGCUGCUCCUGCUGUCCCAUAGGUUGUGCCAAGUGCACCCAGGGCUGCGUCUGCAAAGGGGCAUCGGAGAAGUGCAGCUGCUGUGCUUGAUGUGGGAGAGCCCUGCUCCCAGAUGUAAAUAGAGCGACAUGGACAAACCUGGAUUUUUUUUUUUUUUUUCUAGUACAACCCUGACCUGUUUGCU